AAAGCCACCGCGUGUCGUUCAUCACGUCGGCGAGAAUUCUAGAAGCCCUUCCGAUCCUCACCUUCAUCUCGUCUAUAAUAAACACCGCCUCCUCUUCCUCUUUCAUUCCUCAUCGAUCGUUGUGAGCGCUGCGAUCAUUUGGAAAUCCUAAUUCGAGCGUUUCAGUUCUCGGUCUCUCUAAUCGCCAGCAAAAUGCCUCGCCGCAGCUCUGGAGGGCGCUCUGCCUCUCGUUCUGCUCCUCGUUCUGCUCCAGUUAGAAACCCUCCUCAGCCAGUUAGCUCCGCACCUCCUCCAGCUCCUGUUCAGGGACGUGGUUCUGUUGUUGGAUCAAUAGGGAGCACAAUUGCUGAUGGCAUAAUGUGGGGUACUGGAAGUGCUAUAGGGCACAGGGCCGUUGAUGCUGUAAUGGGGCCUCGUACCAUUCACCAUGAAACUGUUGCUUCUUCUGCUCCAGCAGCAGCAGAUGCUUCUGUUGCCUCUGCAACUGGUUCUGACUCCUGCAUGAUUCAUUCAAAGGCAUUUCAAGACUGUAUCAACAACUAUGGCAGCGACAUUAGCAAGUGUCAGUUCUAUUUGGACAUGCUGAACGAAUGCCGCCGUGGCUCUGGUGCCACUCUUGCUGCUUAAUUGACUCUUUCGGAGUUGUGGCGUCUGGGACUGCAAAUAGUCUAAAAAUAGACAUGGAUGCAUUAUUACCUGUUGAAAUGUUAAGAUCUGCUUUUGAGUAAAUAAGUUGCGAAGUGGGGUAAAAUGGAGACACCCCCCAAGCAUAGUUGAUGAUUCAUGUGCCUCGUUAUUUGUCCUGCUGCAUGCUUUGACUUUGUUGUUUGACAUUAUCUUGUGAUAUCUGCCAUUGUUCAUAGUAGUAUGUCUCCUUACGCAGUUGAUGUUGUUAGGUCUCUAAAAGAACAAUUGAGUGUGAUUCGCUUGCA